UGCAUUGCCUCUUGAAAACGAUAUAACAUGAGUUAUAAGAGCACCAAGCUCGCCCACCUACUACUUCCUACUACUUAACAACACCAUCUAGCCAUUGAUCGCAUAACCUACUUACCCACCUACCUACCUAUAAAACUACACACUCCACGCAUCACUAUAACCAGCGACGGACACUCGAGAAAAUGCCCCUCCCAAACCCAUCCCACGAAGCGGAAACGCUGGACCCAGAGCCCAACCCAAUCAAGCUCUCUCCCACCGCAUCCAGCCCAACAGAAACCUACCCCGAGAUCUCCUCCAGCAUGACACACGAGCAUCAUAUCCCGCAGAGACCGUGGAAACCGAGGGAUCGUGCUCAUGAGCGUCGCCAGAGCUGGAGUCAGCAGGAUCGCAAGCAUGAUCUGCAGUCGCGGCUGUUGGAGGUGAAGAAGGGGGAUGAGAGUGGGUUUACGGAGAUUGAGCGUGGUGGGGUGGAGGAGUAGUGGUCAUCAUCGGUCUUCGGUCAGUGGUUAUUGAUUGUUUGGAUGAUAUGGUUUCUUUCUGUCUUUCUUUCGUCCGUUAUUAUAUUUUGGAUGUUGUAAUUGGUUUGGUUUUUGUUGGUUGGGGGUUCCAGAUUGAAGUUUGUUUGGUCUUGUGGUAAUUGGUGGUUCGUGUGUUUGCUGGGUUCUCUGUGUAAUGGUAUCGUGUGUUGGCUGAGGGUCGUCUUGAGAAUGUACUGUCAGUAUGUCUGCAAAGUCAGUGGUGUACUGUGAG